CUUACGAUAGAUAUUUCACGAAGCAAGAUGGCGACCUCUGGUAAACAGUAUGGGCUUAUCUUGCCCCAGAAACGUGCUACAAAAUCUGCCCCUCUUGCUCGCCCCUCUGUGUUUGGAGAUGAUUCUGAUGAUGAGACCUCUGUUGGGGAGAGCUUGCAGAAGGAGGCCAUCAAAAAGAAGAUGAUGAAGCAGACUCGUAUUGAGAUGCAAAAGGCUCUUGAAGAGGACAGCACCGUAUAUGAGUAUGACAAUGUGUAUGAUGAUAUUCAGAAACAGAGACUGGAAAGCAACAAGAAACUACUAGGUGGAGAAGAUAAAAAGCCCAAGUAUAUUAACCAGCUGCUCCGUGCAGUGGAGGAGAGGAAGAAGGAACAAGAGCGUCGUGACGAGAGGAAGAUCCAGAAGGAGAGGGAAGCAGAGGGUGAGAAGUUUGCUGAUAAAGAAGCAUUUGUCACAUCAGCUUAUCGCCAAAAGCUUAAAGAAAGACAGGAGGAGUUGGAGAGAGAGAAGAGGGAAGCAGAGUUGGAAGCUGCUCUGGACGUUAAGAAGCAGAAGGAUCUCAGUGGAUUUUAUAGACAUUUUCUCAACCAGACAGUUGGAGAAGAGGUGGUGCCUGAUCGCAGUGCUCAAAGUGAGGAGAAAGCCACAAGUACUGCAGCAGCAGAACAGUCACAGAGCCCCGAGUCUACAGCGAACCGCAGAGAAAGUGAGGCUGAAUCCCACAGUGAUGAUGAUCAGAUGGAUAUCAAACCUGCCUUCUCUAAAACCACCGCAAACAACCACGCAAAACGCCAAUACAGACAAAAAUCCCCCCUUUCAGACAGCGAUGAUGGUGAUGAGAGAGAACGGGAGAGGAAGGACAUUAAAGAAAGGAGUCAUAAAGACAGAGACCGCGACAGAGCAAAGGAAAAAGAAAGAGAGAAGACGAGGGACAAAGAAAAGCAUAGUCAUAGAAAGGAGGACAGAGGUAGUGACCGCAGGAGAGAACGAGACAGAGAAGAGGACAGAGGACAAGACAGGAGGGACCGGGACAGAGACGACAGACAUGGUAAAAGAGACCGAAGAAACAGCAGUCCGAAAGACAGAGAAAGAGACCGCAAAGGAGAACGAGACAGAAGAGACAACAGCCCGAAAGACAGAGAACGAGAGAGACGAGACAAAAGCCCGAAAGACAGAAGAGACAAAAGUCCAAAAGACAGAGAGCGAGAGAGGCGAGACAAAAGCCCGAAAGACAGAGAACGAGAGAAACGAGACAAAAGCCCAAAAGACAGAAGAGACAAAAGUCCAAAAGACAGAGAACGAGAGAGACGAGACAAAAGCCUGGAGGACAGAGAACAGAGGAAGAACCUGGAGGAUGAAAAAUCAAGUGACAAGACUGAACAUGCUAAAGAGGAAAAGCUAGUAGAAGAAACUGAAAACAGUAGUGAUACACAACAGGAAAUUAGUAAAUUUGCUAAACGCAGCAGUGAUCAAACUGUAAGUUCGGCCAGAGAGAGGUACCUGGCACGACAGCUUGCACGUUUUGCUUCGAAGUCAUAUGUUGAAAAAGAAGAGGACUAGCCUACAGGUUUACCUAUUUUUUUUCCCCUACGUCACAAUGGUUUGAUUUGUGAUGUCAAAUAUUUUCUCAAGGCAAUUUAAAGUGUUGGUGAAUGGAGCAUAUUGUAAAUUUUAAUUAUUGUCCAUCUGUGUUAAAAUAAAUCCAUGUCAUCAAUCAUGACAAA